CCACAAGACUCGUUCAAAAAGCCAAACCCAAAUAAAAAUAAAAUUGGAAAAGAAAGACAGCCUAAAAUAGGACAAGAAAAAAUCCAACUAUAACUAACAUUCCAAAAAUAAAGCCUUGACGAUGCCCCUAUAAAUACCACUCACCACCCCCCACAAACAUCUUCAGGCAGCAAAUUGAUCAAAACUACUCCAUUUCUAAGGCGCAAUAUUUGGACCUUUUUGUCUAAUUUAGAGCGCCACCACCAAAAUCAAUAAACUAGAAAUGGAAAUGAAGAAGGUUGCCUGUGCCGUCCUUUUCGCCGCCGCCUCCAUCAGCGCAGUGGCGGCCAGUGAGAGCCCUGCCGCCGCCCCAGCCCCACACAACGCGGCCUCCGUAAGUUUGCCGGCUGUUGGUUCCUUGGUUGGUGCCUCACUAGUGUCAUUCGUUGCCUAUUAUCUUCACUAAAUUUAUAGAGGAAAAAAAAAGAAAGGUGGGAAUAAAUAAGAGUGAUUUUAUGAUGAUUUCCCUUGUUGGGAUAUGUUUUGAUUUGUAGUGUUUUUCUCCUUUGUUUUUGAGAAUUUCUCUACUUUGAGUUUGAAUAUUCUCUGGAUAAUUUCAUACUCAAAUGCAAUAAAAUGUCUCUCUUGUUGCAAUUC